AUGUGUCGGUGGGGCUGGGGUGCCACACCGGGUGAGACCCCCGGAAGCCCAGCAAGGGACCGGCAGACGAAGUCAUCUGCGCGCGCCGAGUUGCCGGCGGGAGGUAUCCAGCCCCUUUGUUUGAAAAGUAGAUUUACGAGGCCUCGGUUUGCUUCGAGCGCACUAGCUCGCGCGGGAAGGCUCGACGAUGAUCGGGAGGCCUGGUGUGGUGCGGGGCGAGAUGCUGGAAGCCAGAGGCGUCCGCACGCUCAUACAUGCACCUUGCCAGCACGCCAAUGA